UGUGUGCAGGGUAGAGGGAGUGUGCGGAAGACAGGGAGAGGGAGAGUGUGAGCGAAGGGAACGGGAACUGUAAGCCAGUCACAGUAUCUCCUUCCCACUGCACCAGCGGUGAUGGACAGCUCCUCUCCUCGCCGCUCUUCAAAAGGUUCCUCUUUAUUUUCAGUAGGUUUAGCUUUGUCUUCUGUACUUCACUCCAGGAAAUUGUAUUUUUGUCUGUUCAGGUAUUUAUUUGUCGUAAGCUCAGUUCGACUGGGGAAAUGAGAGGAGAGAGAGACAGAGGACAGCACUGAAACUGGGACUGUCUCUGUACUGGUGGAGUGGUUUCUCUUUUUUUUGUGCCUGGGUAUUUGCUACGAGGUGCAGACGUAUUGGGUGGAAGAAAGAGUCGAAAGGCCAGAAAGCCACGCCUCCCCUAAACAAAAAGCUAAUUUGAAUGGACAUGUAUAAGUAAUAUUAACAAUAGUGGAAACGAGGGGAGGCUGAUGUAAAGCGCUUUCACCCGUAGCUAUUUCGGGAAUGUCACUGGCAAAACAGAACCAAAAACAAGUUGAAGGGAUAAAGAAGUGGAAUGCAGAUCCCACACCCAUCGCAGAGUGCGUCCUGAAGAGGAUUUCUAAGGCGACACAGUCAGAGGAGCUGAGACACUCAGAUGGCCUCUACCGGCUCUAGUACCCAUUGAUUGGGAUUGUGUGUAAGACUGUUGGCAACUCCAAAAUUCUUUGCCUCAAUCUUCUUUACAACCAGCUUUUGCCCCUCACAACCUUGAGGACGAAAGUUUCAUAAAAGUGUGUGGAUUGGGAUUUCAGAGAUCAAAGCUUGAUUUGUGGCUCCAGCGUGCUCGUGCACACACAACAGAAUACAGAUUUUGCUGCGCCUCGUUUAGCUUCUCUCUGACUGGAGAGCAUUGUAAACAUAAUUCCCCCAGUGCUCUGUGGAACGAGAGCUGUGACAUUAACACCCGCCGAGAGCCCAGUGUUUUUCUAGCGUGUCUGUGUUUUGAUUCGGACAAUAGCUGAGCAUACAUGGGGUCAAGACUCGCUACCCCAAAAUAAGAGGAUGCAUACAACAGGACUGAAAACUAACUGCUGCACUCCAGACUUUAGAAGGGACUUUAUUGGAGGUAAAAACCAAACACAAUGGCUAAUGUGGAUGUAAAUACUCCUAUGACUUCUGGAUUUUAUCAUCUGCUCUUUUUCUGAUGCUGAACAAGCUAUUUGAAAGCCUAAAUUACAUUCUUGUUCUAUCAGUAAAUGUUUUAACACUUUUUUUCUCUUAUCGAUAGUCUCAAGAUAGGAGUCACAUGCUCCUUGUCUUAUUUAAUCAGCAGUAGGAUCUGCACCGUGUCUGCCUGCAUGCUUCUUUCCCACAUGUCAACUACCCUGCACCUCCUGCGCUUUUUGCCCUUGUGAGGACAGCCCCUGCCCUCAUCCCCUAGCCGCCCAGAGGCAGGAGAUGUGGCCAGGGACUGUCAGGGACCGCAGUGGGGAUCCCUGCCGCCGGGAUAGAUGCUUGGUGUAACAUUGGCCGACCUUUUUCUGUUUGUGGAGGAAAUAUAUAUUUUUCUUUCUUCAACAAUAACCCCACUGGCUCUAAGCAUGACUGAUCAGAAAAGGAGAGCCAAGCUGGUACUCUUAUUUUCCUGUGGGCUGUAUUGAUUUUCGUCAGUCAGUGUUCAUUUGAUUGAGACCCAACUAUGUGAGAGCAAAAGUGAAAGAGAGCGAGGAUAAAGCUCUGUUUGCUGUGGGAGGCUACAGACAGACAGCAGGGGCGGACUGGUCUCCAGUUACAGACCAUCUGCAUCGCAGGUGGCACAGCACAAACCUGACCCACAACAAUGAAUCAGUCAGCGCUGACAACAGACCUGGUACCCACUGCCAACAGCAGCCUUGUGGGCCCGGAUCCCAACCACUCUUGCCCCCUUGGCUGGGGCCAGAACGAGGGCCUGGAGGCCUGCGUCUUGGAGACUGCCGUCAUCGUGCUACUGACAGUGCUCAUCAUCGCUGGAAACCUGACAGUGAUCUUCGUGUUCCACUGCGCCCCGCUACUGCACCACUACACGACCAGCUAUUUCAUCCAGACCAUGGCCUAUGCUGACCUGCUGGUGGGCCUCAGCUGCCUGGUGCCCACCCUGUCCCUGCUGCACUACCCGGCCGGCGUCCAGGAGCCCAUCACCUGCCAGGUCUUCAGCUACGUCAUCUCGGUACUCAAGAGUGUCUCCAUGGCCUGCUUGGCCUGCAUCAGCGUGGACCGUUACCUGGCCAUCACCAAACCCCUGUCCUACAACCAGCUGGUGACACCGUGCCGGCUCCGUGGCUGCAUCGCUCUCAUAUGGGUCUACUCCUGCCUGAUGUUCCUGCCCUCCUUCUUUGGCUGGGGCAAGCCGGGCUACCACGGAGACAUCUUUGAGUGGUGCGCCCACUCUUGGCCCACCUCGGCGCUCUUCACAGGCUUUGUGGUGUGCCUGCUAUACGCUCCCGCUGCUCUGGUUGUCUGCUUCACCUACUUUCACAUCUUCCGCAUCUGCCAGCAGCACAACCGGGAGAUCAGUGAGAGGCGGGCACGCUUCCCCAGCCAGGAGAUGGAGGCCGGGGAGGGUGGUGGCAGUGGUAGCGGUGGGGGGCACCACACGGGUCACGGGCCUGACCGGCGCUACGCCAUGGUGCUCUUCCGCAUCACCAGCGUCUUCUACAUACUCUGGCUGCCCUACAUCAUCUAUUUCCUUUUGGAGAGCUCACACGUGCUGGACAGCCCCGCCCUGUCCUUUGUAACCACCUGGCUGGCCAUCAGCAACAGCUUCUGCAACUGCGUCAUCUACAGCCUGUCCAACAGUGUGUUCCGCCUGGGCAUGCGCCGCCUCUCGCAGACACUCUGCUCCUUCAGCCACUGUGCAGCUGACGACAGGGACUUUGGUGAACCCAAACCCAGGAAGAGGCCAAAGUCCUGCUCCAUCUGAGGAGUUGCAGGCUAUUGUUAAAGAAGCCACACAUUUGGUUACACAAGGUCAUAUCUUUACAAAGCUGCUGACUAUUCAAUUGACAGGGCUGUCCCAAAGAAAAAUACUUUAGGCUCUGACGGUUUGUUUGAAGAAUACCAAUGACUUUGCUGUAGUCAUGCCAAGUCAUGAUUUAUGGGCAAAAAUGUGAUUGCUGAGAGAAGCUAGAUUUUUGUAAAGGUUUAGUUUCUGAACUAAGUCGAUGAGAGAUUGGCACUACAUUUUGACUUUAGACCUGCGAAGUGGGGUAUAGCUGGUAAAUCAAAAUGUAUUGGUCGCUUACACAGUUUAGCGGGUGGUAUAGCAGGUGCAGUUAAAUGCAUGUUACUAGCUCCUAACAGUGCAGUAAAAUAUCAAACAAGUACAAACAAAACCAAAAAAACAAAUGUCAGAACAAAUCAAAUUAACUCCAAUAUCAGUAAUCCAUAUGCUGUACAUGUACUGUAUGUACAGCCUUAUGUACAACAUCAUUCCACCAUGGUUACCAUGGUUACCUCAGGCUUUGACGUUUACAUUUGUUUGUUUCUCGUCAGUCAGGUUAAGUAAAGGACAAAGUUAGGACAAAACACUUUCCUCAAACAUUGAUGGUGACCUCAUGAUUUUACUGUCUCUGAUUUCACAGUUUUGUGGACUAAAAUGUAUUGAAUUUGAAUGCCAAUAUUGGACUGCUACUAUAGGCCUGUUCUUAGUAGGCACACGAAGGCUGAAUUAGUACAGACGUAAUCCUCAUUUGCAUACACUCACUUUAGGAGUUCACAUGUGCGUGCAAAUGGCUGACUAUUCACUUACUGUAUAUACAUGCUCCUUGGCAAUGGUGGCGCCCACCACACUGAUGUACAUAACAACAGAUCGUUCGUUGCCUUGACCUGUCAUGACAAAGUUUUGCAGAGUUUGCAGAAGGUUUGUUAGCAAACACAACAUUGUUCAACGUGUGUUAAAAGACUUUCGGGCAGCCCAAAACCGAGAGACGUGGGAGUCAAUUUGACGAGUUAAGCAAACUACAAAAAAAAACACAAAGCUGGUUUAGUUUGAUUAGAUAUUUAUAUAUAUUUGGCAUGGAACAUUUUAGUUAAAAAAAAAAAAACUUUGUCAAUGCCUCAGAUCCAGUAGCUGUUUAGAUGAGUGAUUAGUCAUGUCCACUAGUGAACACUACCCUCUUUAUCUUUGGCUGCUCAUCAGAGAUCGUCUCCACUUCAGCAUCGGCUUCAUAUGUAUGACUCUGUCCCCUUACCUUUUCCAUGCUAAGUGCAGACCCUGUUCCUUUUUAGGGUGCAGUAAAUGCAUCAUGACGACUGGUCUUGUUGUGUAUUUUACUGUUUGAUACAGCACAGGUGUAGUCAUUCCAAGCUUUUCUCGUACAUUCUCAGAAUUCCGCAUUUUAUUUUAACAGAUAAUGUUGAAAUAUCCAUACAGGGGCACAUUUUCAGUAAUACCCAAGACUAUUGUGAGAUGAGAUUCUUAUGGUUAUAGGCCAUGUGUAGGUAGACCUGUGUGGAAAAAACAAUCAGCACAGCCAACUUAAACUCUCUAUAUCGUGACUGUUUAUGUUCAACAUUAUGCUGCUUAACCUGUGUAUUCAUUCCUCUUUUUGCUUUACAGAUGGUUUCUAUAUAUGUGCCUAAAGAUGUCAUACAUAUAUAUAUUGGAAAAUAGAUCACAAAGAUGUACAUUCUGUUCUUCUAUAUGGUUACAAGGAUACACUGCACUUAUUUGGAUUUAUUUUUUACGCUGGCUGCGUAACAUUGCAUUUUGUAACGUGACCUUCCUUUUGACUUGACCCAAAAUCCAUCAAGCUUGUAUUUGCAGUAGUACCAUACAAUGGUACCAUCUUGUUUCAACACCUUUUCAAAUCAAAUGAACUUUUAUUUGUCACAUGCACCAAAUUCAAAUACAAGGUAUAGACUUUACUGUGAAAUACUUACGAGCCCUUUCCCAACAAUGCAGAGUUAAGAAGUGAAAAGGAAAUAGUAACACAAUAAAAUAACAAUAACGAGGCCAUGUACAAGGUGUACUGGUACUGAGUCAUUGUGCAGGGGAUUGGGGUAGUUGAGGUUAUAUGUACAUGUCAGUAGGGUGAAAGGUGACUUGGCAAUCAGGAUAUAUAAUAAAUCAAGUAGCAGCAGUGUAUGUGAAAGUGUGUGUUUUGGCGUCAAUAUGCGCGUGUGUGUGUGAGCGUACAGAGUACAAAACAUAAGGGACACCUUACUAAUAUUGAGUUGCACCCCCUUUUGCCGUCAGAACAGCCUCAAUUCAUUGGGGUGUGGACUCUACAAGGUGUCGAAAGCAUUCUACAGGGAUGCUGGCCCAUGUUGACUCCAAUGCUUCUCACAGUUGUCAAGUUGGCUGGGUGUCCUUUGGGUGGUGGACCAUUCUUGAUACACACAGGAAAAUGUUCAAUGUGAAAAACCCAGCAGCUUUGCAGUUCUUGACACAAACCGGUGCGUUUGACACCUACUACCAUACCCCGUUCAAAGGCACCUCAACUUUUGUCUUGACCUUUCACCCUCAAAGGCACACCUACCCAAUCCAUGGCUGUUGUCUCGAGGCUUAAAAAAAUCCUAAUUUAUCCUGUCUCAUUUAACAUCAUUACAUUUAAGUCAUUUAGCAGACGCUCUUAUCCAGAGCGACUUAUCCCCUUCAUCUACACUGACUGAAGUGGAUUUAACAGGUGACAUCAAUAAGGAAUCAUAGCUUUCACCUGGUCUCUCACACACUACAUACCCACCCACACUGCCUCAUUAUUAUGUUUAUUUUCCAUUUCUCUCUUCAGAAACCUACAAUCACACCUGAUUCUAUCUAGACUGAUUCUCUCUAGAAUUACCCACAGAUAGUUAUUUCUGUUUGCACGCUAAAGCAAGUCACACACAUGGAGAGAAAAAAAUAUUUCUCACUUCUCAAACAAUGUGCCAUCUUUUAUAAAUGGUAAAUCAAUAUUGUUGACAAGCUACUUUCUCUCUGGAUUUUGCUUUACAGUAAAUGUUGUACUGGUGGUUUCAUGAGAUUUUAAUUGGUUACACUUUCCACAGUAACGCUAGUGGAAUAGUUUCAUUCUAACAAACAAGUUAUUGAGAAUAUACCACUUUGACUCAUUUUUUGUUUUCAGAAAACAGUCUGUGGUUACUAGGCAGUGUAAUUACCUAACCGUUAUACAGUCUAUAUUGACACUGCAGUAAGUGUUACCCAAUUAAUUUAGUUUCUUCUUUAGUUUCCAUCCUUUUUUCUUUUUUUUUACAGGUAAUUUCUCUGCCAGUAGUUGAAUGAACUGUGUACUGAUUCAGUAACACGGGUUUCUUUUAUAACCAUGUGCCGCUAAAUGUUCACUUUUCCACAUGUCUAUUAUAAUGACCAAACUCGUUUCCAAUUUCUUUCUGAAGUGAUGAAAAUGCAAAAAUUUCAAAAACAACUGACUUCAAGUGCAUUUGUUAGGGUGUUGUAUCUUACAGAUGUGAUUUAAUACAGUACAACGUCUUUAUUUAUUUUUAUUCAAAAUUUCUAUGCUACUUUGUUUUAAUAGGAGUAUGUAUAGUAUCUGUUUUGUGUUCAGGCAACAACAAAAAACAUAAAAACAAUCGUAUGACAAAAUCUCGCCCAGUGACGACUCAUACCAACUAGGCUGCUUUAUAUGACGUGACAUGUUUUGGAUUAGACGACAAAUCAAGAAAUUACACACCAUCUAUUUUUUUAUUUCUGAGAUUUUGUCAAAGGCUAUGGUUUUGCUGUUGCUGCCAAUCCAAUAUAACUGAUGAAAAUAAAAAUCUAGUAAUGUUGCCUUUGAA